AUGAAGGGCACCUCAAUUUUUCAGUUCAAAUCCUGGCCCAAGAUUAAUCAGCCACUGCCUCGAACCCCCAGAGAGUCCCAGCAAUUGCUCAACGCCCUCACAUCCUCAUUUCGUCGUCAGCUGGACCACGCGUACCCGGUAUCGGACACCCAUGAGGGCGAUCGACAGCCCUUGAAUACCGAUUCCUCACUUCAUGCAACCGACCACCAUCUGCAUAUUAUUCUCGACAAUCCGCUGUUUCGAAUCGUGCCGCCCAAAGGCAUUAAUCAACAUGUCCGAGAUAUAGACGAACAGGAACGACUGGCUAAAGAACCUAUGCUCGUAUUUGAUGAAUUGGCAGCCUCAGGCUCUGUAACCCCGUUAACCAUCACCAAAUGUUUAAAAUCUCAGCUGCUGCUGGUACGAACUCCUGCUCAGAAUGGCGUCAGCGAGGCGAUGAAGACUUCCCGUGCAGCGUCUCGCGUGGUGGAAUGGUUUUGGGCUUCCGAUGGCGUUUCCCGACAGAUGCUGUUGCACUCACGAGCGGCAACCUCGUCUUUGACUAAGUUUAUGGUCGCCGAGGGUCUUCAAGAUACCAUUGUCCAGUGGAUUAGAAUGCUCCUAAGCCGCGAUUUGGGCGGGUCUAAUGGCCGAAUCACAGAGUCGGUCGCCCAGCAAAGUAUUAGCAACGUGCUUGUCGACUUUAUGGAAGCAGAACUUCGAUAUGGAGAUGGACUUGCUUCGGCAUUCAAGUAUUAUCUACGUGUCUGCCACAUGCAUUCGAUGUUACCCCAACAGAUCAAGUCCGGAAAACCGAUGCUGCUGGCAGCUGGAGCCCAUCUAAACCGGGCAGCAAUGGACGCCAAACCGCUGACCGAGAAGGUCACCCCUUACAUCUAUGACGAGUACCGAGAAGUCAUUUCUACACUGGCAUCCUCUCGAUCAUUGUUAUUUGCGAGCGUGUCCCUUUGCCAUCCGAGUCAUCCUGACCCGACUCCUUUCAUUCGCUUCGUUGAAACUCUAUCACUCCCCAAAGUCCAGGCCUGGAAUGAUUCCCGCCGAGACGCUUUCCUUCGAAUUGCCUGUGAUGCCCUCCGACUUUUGAUAGAGCAGAGGAGAAUUAGAGAUGCAACUUCUCUGGCUCGCCAUGUACAGCUGUUGCUCCCAGAUAAUACAGCAGACAAUGCCGAGGGAUCUCGCAUCCGUUCUUCCGUCAGAGAGGAAGGAGAUAUUAUGAGUCACUUGGAGCUGAGCUUGACCUGA